AUGCCUUUGAUUCAGAGCUCACAAGAUUAUCUGCCUUACAUUGACGCUGCGCCGUCAGAGCAGGAGCUCAAUUCAGCACGCGCUCUCAUCCAAGCCGAACUGCCACAAGACCACAAGACGACACUUCACCCUUCAAUACCAGAGCGCAAAUCCAUCAAAUUCAGUGACCUCGUCGAAGCCGAGCACGAGCGUCUAUCUACCGGAGCAGAGAAAGAGGCUGGAAUUGACCUGUCGCGGUACGAAGCCCAGGAUGCGCCAGCGACAAACGACAUCGAACAAUGGCGCGCAACCCUCCAACAAGCCUAUGCUUCCUCGGAGUACCUGGAGUCCCGUCAAGUCAACCUGUCACUACUGGAGACGUACGGCAAGAACGCAUGGCUGAUAUCCAACGACCAACUCGAAGCAAUUCUGCGCACUGCCGAACGCGAGGUUUCGCAAAGGAAGAUCGAACUUGAGGAGAUUGACAAGGCAAGAAGAGAUGGCCAGACUGCUCGCAAGGGUGAAUUGGAAGCGCUCGAGCAGCAAUGGAAGAUUGGUGUCGGUCAGAUGCUUGAGGUUGAGGUCGCCGCCGAGAAGCUCAGGCUUGAGAUCCUUGACAAGAAGCGGGCCGGCGCAAGAUGA